AUUAUCUUUCUCCUCAGUCAAGCUUUGUCUCUCCCAAACCUGAAACCCUUGAACCAAAAAAAAAAAAAAAACAAAAAGCUCUCUGAAAAUAUCUGGAUUUAGACUUUUUUGUUUUUAUUUUUACGGUCCAAAUUGAGGUUUUUCGAAAAUUGUUCUUCGGCGGGAUACUGUUUUUAGUAGUGCCAAUGUUUUUGUUUGUAAUUUCCGUUUGGAUCUAGCUUAGUUAUGGCGGUUAAUGAAGCUUUGCAGGGUGUGAGCAAUUUGUUGGGUUUCAAGCCAUUUUUAGCUAGCUGAGAAUAUUCGGGGUUAAUUUGACAUCAGUUCUGUUAAUUUGACAUCAGUUGUAUAUAUUCAGCUACGGGAUUGCUUUCAGCAUCAGUUUGUAAUCGGUGAAUAAACUUUGAUUAGGUUUUAGAAGGAAUUGUAGUUUGGUUUGGUCUUCGAAGUAGACGCUAUGCGCAAUUCUUUUUCCCGAUUCAAGAGAAUUUUUAUUUGCUCUGAAUUUGGGAGGUCUUUACUUUUAGUAUUGUGUGUGAUUCAUAGGGAGUGUUCUGAUGAAUGAUGAGGGAAAACAGCUGCUGGAGCUGAAUCGCCGUUCAUGGGAUGGGAAUAAGGGGGUUAAGGAAGAGGAACAGGGGUUAGUUAAGGGAGAUGAUUUGAAAAGUAAUGGGAGAGCUGAAGAUGUGAAAGUUGGCAAUGGAGGGGUUGGUCAACCCCAGUUUGUUAUACAACAGCCUCAGGGUUCAACUGUUUGCUGGGAGAGGUUUCUACAUCUGAGAUCUCUGAAGGUUUUGCUGGUGGAAUAUGAUGAUUGUACUCGCCAUAUUGUUGCUGCACUUCUUCGCAAUUGCAGUUAUGAAGUUAUUGAAGCAGCAAACGGAAUACAAGCCUGGAAGGUUCUUGAAGAUUUAACCAAUCAUGUUGAUCUAAUCUUAACCGAGGUAGUUAUGCCAUGUGUAUCAGGCAUUAGUCUUUUAUCCAAGAUUAUGAGCCAUAAGUCCCGAAAGAAUGUUCCUGUGAUUAUGAUGUCAUCUCAAGAUUCUAUGGGUUUGGUCUUUAAAUGUUUGUCAAAGGGUGCUGUUGACUUCUUGGUGAAGCCCAUUCGGAAGAAUGAGCUUAAGAACCUCUGGCAGCAUGUUUGGAGGAGAUGCCAUAGUUCUAGUGGUAGUGGAACCGGAAGCGAAAGUGGCACACAGACUCAGAAGUCAGUAAGAUCAAAUAGUGUUGACAAGUCUGACAACAACAGUGGAAGCAAUGAUGAGGAAGAUAAUGGGAGUAUGGGUUUGAAUGUUGGAGAUGGAAGUGACAAUGGAAGUGGUACUCAGAGUUCUUGGACAAAACAAGCUGUAGAAGUUGACAGUCCACGACAGGUGUUUUCAUGGCAUCCUGAUAGUACUUGUGCCCAAGUAGUUCACUCCAACGCUGAAACAUUUGGUAAGCAAUUGGUUACUGGUGCUGCAGCAAGGGACUGCCAGCAACAGAAAGAAGAAUAUGACAACUUUGCAAUGGGUAAAGAUUUGGAGAUUGGCAUGAAUAGCAAGAGAGAGAUACAGCGUGAGCAUCCUAUUGAGUUUCCAACCAAACUAGCAGGCCCAAGGCAGAAUAAUCUGCUCAACAUAGGUUCUGGUAAAUAUGAUGAAAGUCCUUCCAGCAAGCAAAAGUAUGAUGGUGCUUCUAUAACAGGUGAUGUCACCAAUCCCUCUGAUCCCCAGUUGGAGAGCACAAAAUUUGAAGCUUCUAACAGACAUUAUAAGGCCUUGGACAUUAGCAGUACACCUAAUAACGAUACUGAUGAACUACCAUCCCUAGAGCUCAGUUUGAAAAGACUUAGAGGAGUUAAAGGCACUGAGACAACAGUACAAGAUGACCGCAAUGUCUUGAGGCGUUCGGACUCUUCAGCAUUUUCAAGGUAUAAUGCAGCCUCAAAUGCUAACAAGGCUCCUUCUGGGCAUGUUGGAAGCAAUUCUCCACAUGAUAAUAAUGGAGAAAGUACGAACAAGGAUCUGUUUAAUGAUAUCCCAUCUCACUCAAGUGACAAUCCUCCCAAUCAAUGCUCAAAUGGAGGCAGCAAUAACAUUGACAUGGGCUCCACAACUAAUAAUAAUCCUCGUGAGCCUCUUGUUAUAAACAAGACAGCAGCUGCAUCCACAAUUCAACGUUUGCAUCCAUCAUCUGCUUUUCAUCCUGUGAAAAAGGACCCUAUGAAUGCUACUCAGCUAGUUUUAAUAGAUAAUGCUAACAAUGGGGCAACAACAGUACUGGCUCAAUCAAGAUGUGCCCAGAAGCCACAAUUUCAAACUCAAAACCUCCAUCAGGAUUAUGAUCACCAUCAGGUCCAUCACCCUGUUGCCCACACAAUGCAAAAACAGCAGCUUCCUGACCAUAGUGAUUUAUCUUUAAAGAAAUUGGCUGCAGCUGCUCCACAUUGCGGAUCAUCAAAUGUUAGGAGUGGGCCUGUUGAAGGUAAUCCUGGAAAUUACAGUGUCAACAGAAGUGCUUCUGGCAGUAACCAUGGGAGCAAUGGGCAAAAUGGAAGCAAUAUUGGAGGUACAAACAUGGAAAGUGAUAAUGGAGUUGCUGGAAAAAGUGGAAGUGGUGAUGGUAGUGGAAACCAGAGUGGAAAUAGAGUAGAUGAAAACAAAUUUUCCCAGAGAGAGGCUGCCUUGACCAAGUUCCGUCUGAAAAGAAAUGAGAGAUGCUUCCGGAAAAAGGUUCGAUAUCAAAGCAGAAAAAGACUGGCGGAACAGCGACCUCGUGUUCGUGGACAGUUUGUCCGGCAGACAAUGAGCGAGAACACUACCAGGACAACAGAUAGCUGACAUUGCUUGGAAAUUUGAUUACAUAUAUUACAUUUCUUUUAGCUCGUGUGAGUGAGUAAUACGUAAAUAUUCAGGUAGAGAAUUGGAGUUGUAGAACUCUAACGGACACCUUAAAAGUGUAUUUGCCACAGUUGUGGAUUUAAAUUGCUUGUUUUCGACAUAGAAAGCCAUAAACUCUAUGCGAUCACAGCAAUCGGUUUGAUGUGAUUUUCAUAAACUUGUACUGGGUUACAAGAUCCUAUCGUAAUUGAUGGUUUCCUGGUGUC